AUGGCGGCUGAAGAGGACGGCGACACAUAUCUUCGACGACUGGCUACCUUCAUUCGUGGCCACGAACGGAAUUUAGCAGCCAGCGUAGCUCCUCGAAGACGGGGAGCUCCGCAACCAACAAGCUCCAUUUACAAUCCCCUCUCGUGGUUCGAUUCCGGCCAACCUACUCCCGAAAUCCUCAAUAUCGAUACCCACCGACUCUUCUAUACCCUCAUGCGUCUCGAGGCUAUUGGUCUCAACGUUGGCACGCUAGAUGUUCGGAUCGACUCUCCUUCGCGUCCCAUGAGCUAUAUCAGCGUGGACAAGGCGGAAACAACGUCUAUACUGUCCUUUCGCUCAACAUUUUCUGCAGUGUCCGGCCUUUCACUCGGCGCUGGCUGGUGGGGUCGGCCUGAGCCCCCCAGUCUUGAUGUGGAACUCAAAUAUCUCUACAGUAGCUUCACUAAACUGCCCGCUUUGGUCAUCACCACACCUUCGCGACCUCCCAUUACCGACACUGAGCCAACCAACGAGAAUGCCGCCCCGCUCGAUGUAUUCCGGAACUUACAAAGUCUGGAAUGCGUGGACAUCGAUCCGCGUGCAUUGCUUGGCUGGGACCGUUUGGCAGAGAGCUUGCGAAGUCUGAAAAUCAAGAGAAGUGGCAUUGAAGACGUCUCUGACAUCUUUGUUGGUGCUGUCCUGGAUGACCAAGCGCGACGAGCGGGAAGCACCAGUCGAAAGCGUCGGAGACGCAUACCUCGAGGUUCCCCUGCGUCAUACGCGACACGUUUGCCAGGCUCAGUUCCAGAAGAGGAAAUUGAGAAUGCCUCACCUCCUCCGCCUGAACUGUCGUCGUUUAAAUGGGCUUUCCUCAAACACUUGUCAUUGGCAGACAAUGGCCUCACGUUCUUUCCCUCCGUCCCAUGCACCUCACUCACUCAUCUCGACCUCUCCUCUAAUCUCUUGGUCUCUGUCCCCCCAAACUUAGGCGCUCUCUAUAAUCUCGUAUCCCUUAACUUGUCAGACAACAUGAUCGACUCGGUGCUCGGCAUAUACCAACAUUUGGGCCAAGUAUUGUUUAUCAACCUCUCUCACAACCGUCUUGAGUCGUUAUGCGGACUUGAGCGGCUGCCGGCAUUGGAAAGGGUGGACCUGAGGUCUAAUCUCGUGGACGAAUCCGCAGAAGUUGGUCGAUUGGCAACGUUGCCAAAUAUUGCCGAGAUUUGGAUCGAGGGCAACCCAUUCGUGGAAAUUGAGGAAGACUAUCGACUGGCUUGUUUCAACUAUUUCUCCAAGGAAGGCAAAUCUGUGUCGCUUGAUGGCACUCAGCCAGGCUUCUACGAACGCCGCAACCUUGUGGCGCAACCGUCACCUCAAAUGUCAUCCUCGCGGCCAGUCUCUGCUGCUUAUUCGCCCCCAGUUGUUGCCGUCGGUUCAAAACCGAGAGAGGAAGUCCCAACAACCACUGUUCCCCCAGUAGCCAAAGGGCGGAGGAAGAAUAAACGAAUAGUGGAUUUGGAGGAAAGUGAUGGCGUCAGCAUUCGUAGUGGAUCCCAUACCAGAACACGGUCUGAUGGGUCCGCUCGACCGAAAGGAAAGACUGUCGAUAUUGGCGACAAACACUGGGGUCAGUUUGGUGCAUUGGCGGAAGACACAGAAGAAGAGCCAGCGCCAUUAAGAGUGAGCACAAACAAUACGGAAGUUGGCUCGCCCCCUCGCCGCUCCCGCCAUACCAGAUACCAGUCUGAAAUGGUUCACAUGGCCGAUGUUCCAUCUUCACCCCCACUCGGAUCUCUAAACACACCCACAACAGCCACCUUUCGACGAAGUAGGAAUUCCGCUACCUUUUCUGCCAAUGCCAACAAACGUCGUUCACGGGUCACUGCUUCAGUUUAUGAACCAUUGCGCUCAACUUCCGAUGGGGAAGAAGAACAGACAGAGGUUGAUGAUGGAGUUGAGGCGUAUCGCCGAAGAAUAGAGGACUUGAAGAAGGAUAUGGGUGAUCGUUGGUUAAGCGUAUUCAGAAACUCAUAG